AUGUCGCGAUUGCCGCAUGUCUGUGGUCUGUGUUUGCUGCUGAGGAUUUGGCAGCUUUUGGCCUUGGCCCCGUUCAGAAUGAGUGGGCGAGUGGGUGCCAGGUGUCAGAGAUGGGUGACCUUGAGUGCGGCCUUGCGGUGGGUUCUGCUAACCUCACUGGCCCCGGUUAUUCUGUGGAAAACUGCCGCCAUGUAUGAGGCCACAAAUGUCCGGCAUUCGGCGAUCUUCAAGAUAAUUGCAGUGGCCACAAUGGUGGGCGAUGUCUGCAUUUCCCUGGCUCUUCUGGGCACCAACCUUUGGAACCGCAAGGAGUUGGCCAAGCUGGUGAGUGGCCUGGCCAGAUUGCAUCGCCGCCGGAGACUGAGUUGGUGGUCCACGUUGUUCCUGUGGCUCAAGUUGUUCCUAUCCCUCUACCAACUCCUCUGCAAUGUGCCCUUUCUCGAGGGAGCUGGAAGUCGUCUGCCGUGGUACCAACUUCUGGCCUAUGGAGUCCAGCUCUAUGUUGAACAUGUGAGCAGUGUCUAUGCGAAUGGAAUCUUCGGGGGUAUGCUGCUCAUCCUGGAGUGUUACAACCAGCUGGAAAGAGAGGAACCUCCUCCAGAUCGUCUUUUGCAAAGGGAACGCAGCUGGCUGAAAUUGGUCCAGAGAUUUGUUGACGUCUUUCAGCUGGGCAUCUUUCUCCUGGUUUUUGGUAGUUUCAUCAACAUUCUGGCCAACAUGUACGCCUUCAUGUCCUACUUUGUGUCGCUGCAUGGGGUUCCCCUGACCAUUUCCAAUAACUGCCUUAUUAUGGCAGUCCAGCUUUACGCAAUGAUUUUAGCAGCUCACCUUUGCCAGGUUAGGUCGGCUCAAUUGCGAAAAGUCUGCUUGAACUUGGAAUAUGUGCCCGCAGGACUGACUCUGGAAAAGGCCAUGACGACUUCAACACCAUUUCCUUUGGUCUCACCCACCGGCAGUGUCAAGUUUCGUAUUAUAGGUCUCUUCACCUUGGACAACUCGUUUUGGCUUUUCCUGGUCUCAUAUGCCAUGAACUUUAUUGUGGUUAUCCUGCAGUUUAGCUUGGAGAAUAUGAAACAAGCUCAAACUUAA